GGUUCAUCAGCUGCCAACACGUCAACAUGUUCCGGAACAUCAUUCUUGUCACCUUACUCGCAUACUCAGUGUGUGCAGUUCACUGGGAGAUUCGUGAAGUGGAUUCUGCAGAGGACCAACUUGAAGAGAUUCCUGAUGACAGUGUGAUGAAACAAAAUCUUCUUAACAAGUGCUCGAUAUGUACAUCCAUCAUAAAGAAAGUGAAAAAAACAAUCUCCUCCAAAACAACACCGGAUGAAAUCAAAGAGAAGCUGAACAACACCUGCAAAAAAUUCCUCCUCUUUAAAUCUCAGUGCAAUCGUUUUAACAAAUAUUUGAGCACUUUGAUUGACGAGCUGCACACCGCUGAUGGCCCAAAAACCAUCUGUACUAGAAUUCAUUUCUGCAAGUCACCACCGCCCAUAAAGGAGUUCAUUUUUGUAUCUGAUCAAGCUUUUGACAAUCUCUGA